AUGGAGGGUGUUGUCUUCAACAUCCCCCACCCUAACUCAGGCUUGCUUUGCUUUGCUUUGUCUCCUAGUGUGGACAACUCUGAGGACCCCGUGUACGAGAGUCUAGAGGAGUUCCAUGUGUUUGUCCUCGCCCAUAUAUUAAGAAGACCAAUAGUUGUCGUAGCAGAUACGAUGCUGAGGGACUCAGGUGGAGAAGCAUUUGCUCCAAUCCCAUUCGGAGGGAUUUACCUGCCCUUGGAGGUGCCUCCCAACAGAUGCCACUGCUCUCCUCUGGUUCUUGCCUACGAUCAAGCGCAUUUCUCUGCCCUCGUGUCCAUGGAGCAGAGAGAUCAGCAAAGAGAACAAGCCGUGAUCCCCCUGACGGAUUCGGAGCACAAGCUGCUGCCUCUGCACUUUGCAGUGGACCCCGGGAAGGACUGGGAGUGGGGGAAGGACGACAACGAUAACGCCCGGCUGGCCCACCUGAUCCUGUCGCUCGAAGCCAAGCUGAACCUUCUGCACAGCUACAUGAAUGUGACGUGGAUCCGGAUCCCCUCGGAGACCCGGGCCCCUCUGGCACAACCGGAAUCCCCAACAGCCUCAGUGGGGGAAGACGUGCAGUCCCUGGCCGACUCCCUGGACUCGGACCGGGACUCGGUGUGCAGCAAUUCCAACAGCAAUAAUGGCAAGAACGGCAAGGACAAGGAGAAGGAGAAGCAGCGCAAGGAGAAGGACAAGACCCGCGCGGACUCUGUGGCCAACAAGCUGGGCAGCUUCAGCAAGACGCUGGGCAUCAAGCUAAAGAAAAACAUGGGCGGCCUGGGCGGCCUGGUGCACGGCAAGAUGGGCCGUGCUAACUCCGCCAACGGCAAGAACGGCGACGCACCCGAGCGCGGCAAGGAGAAGAAGACCAAGUCGCGCAAGGGCAGCAAGGAGGAGUCCGGCGCGUCGGCGAGCACGUCGCCGUCGGAGAAGACCACGCCGUCGCCCACGGACAAGGCGGCCGGGGCGUCGCCGGCCGAAAAGGGCGGCGGGCCGCGGGGCGACGCCUGGAAGUACAGCACGGACGUGAAGCUGAGCCUCAACAUCCUGCGCGCCGCCAUGCAGGGCGAGCGCAAGUUCAUCUUCGCCGGCCUGCUGCUCACCAGCCACCGGCACCAGUUCCACGAGGAGAUGAUAGGCUACUACCUGACCAGCGCGCAGGAGCGCUUCAGCGCCGAGCAGGAGCAGCGGCGCCGCGACGCCGCCGCGGUCGCCGCCGCCUCCACGGCCAAGUUUAUUAUGGCAGAGAGCAGGAAAACCGGCAGGAGGAGAGAGCACCUGUUGGCACUUCUGGACAGGCGCAAACUAUUUCUGGUGGUUCUUACAGAUCGACGCAGAGAACCAAAGUCUCCCACCAGUGCCCAGAAAAGGCGUUUCAGCAGCAGCGGCAAGCGAAGGGACCUGUCAGUUGUAAGUUGA